CUGUGUUAGCAGUGUUCUUUAGAAUGUGUUGUUUUGGUUUUGUUUUUACCGUUUUGUACAUUUCGUUUUUGUCGUUGACAUUGAGUUCGUGAAUUAUUUUCCGGGAUUGUUGUGAUAUUCUUCGUGCUCUUCCACUCAUCCGGUAACCGAGUUUUCGCACAGCGUUACCGACGUUGCCUGCUGAACAAGCUUCGUUUAUCGAGAAUGGCGGAACCCGGACAACUGGUGUUCGUCACCGUGGGUACAACCAGCUUCGACGAGUUGGUGGAAAUGAUUAUACGUGACGAGUGUCUAAGGAUUUUGCACGCGCAUGGUUAUUCCCGUCUGCGCAUCCAGUACGGACGCGGUCGUGUGGAUCCGCCCGCUGGACUACGCUGUGGCGUACGGAUAGAAUCCUAUCGCUAUAAGGAUAGCAUUCGACAGGAUCUCCUGGAUGCUGAUGUGGUCAUCAGUCAUGCAGGUGCCGGAAGUAUUAUGGAGUCUUUGGGUUUGCACAAGCGGUUGUUGGUGGUAAUUAACGAGACAUUAAUGGGCAACCAUCAGACCGAGUUGGCCGAGGAAUUCGCCCAGGAGCAAUUUCUCCACUGGAGCACCGUACGCAACCUUCCCAAUGUACUGAAUGCUCUGAAUUUCAGCACCAUUAAGCAUUGCGAACCUGGAACGCCUCAGAAGUUUGCUCAAUUCAUGGAUGACUUUUUACAAAUUUGACAUAAUAUGUAAGAAGCAACAUGCCAGAUACGGGAGUAUUGCAAAUCGUUCGCUUUUUUGAUAGUUCAUUCGACAUCCUAAGUAUUUCGUUGUUUCAUUGAGUGGAAGCUAAAAUAUGAAAGGUGUAGCACUGUGAUAAACUGUGGAAAACUUAUGAUUUGUAGCGGUAAAAACAUUUUGAAGGUGAGCGGUGCAGUAAGUAGGAAGUAUUUUGAAGGUAACAGCUAAUAGCGCA